GGAUAUUUAUACUCGCGGCUCUGCGCGGCUUUUCUGAGCCGUACGGCGCCCGCCUCCCGCCCCAGCCGCGCGGGGGGAGCCACCGGUUCCGCUCAGCGCUCGCUGGGGAGCUCGGAGGCCCCCCGGGAGCGGGACCCCAGAGUCCGGUUGUCCAGCUCUGUCCAGGCAGGCGUUGGCCCGCAUGGAGGGGACUGCGGAGUCCCAGACGCCUGACCUGCGAGACCUGGAGGGCAAGGUGGGCAGGAAGACCCCCGAAGGGCUGCUGCGCGGACUUCGUGGCGAGUGGGAACCGGCAACCUCGGGCCCCCUGACGCUCCCGGGGUCGCCCGACACGGCCCACGGCCUGGGGGGCAAGAUCAUGGCGCUGAGGAUGGAGCUGGCUUACCUGCGAGCCAUCGACGUGAAGAUCCUGCAGCAGCUGGUGACCUUGAACGAGGGCAUCGAGGCGGUGCGGUGGCUGUUGGAGGAACGGGGCACGUUGACCAGCCACUGCAGCAGCCUUACCAGCAGCCAGUGUAGCCUGACGGGCGGGAGCCCUGGCCGCUCGCGGCGAGGCAGCUGGGACAGCCUGCCGGACACUAGCUCUGCCGACAGGCUGGACAGUGUCUCCAUCGGCAGCUUCCUCGACACAGUGACCCCGACUGAGCUGGAGGAGCAGGCCCCCCUGGGGGUGCCUCGCUCUGAGAUGGACUGGGCAAAGGUUCUCCCCAGUGGGGAGAGGGCCAGGACUGAGGUGGAGCUGACAGCCGCCAAGCUAGGGAGCUUGAGGGCCACAUGGACGCUCCCGGGUGAGGGGCAGCCGGUGGGGGCCGCCGAGCCCCCUGAGGAGGAGCAGGCCAAGCUGGGCUUUGAGGCGCAGUGGUACUGGGAGCAGUGCCAGGAUGAUGUGACCUUCCUGUAACCAUGUGGCCCCUCCAUCACUCAGCCCUGACCUCCCUCACAUCUGUCUUUCCUGAUCUGGGACCAAGAAGAGACUGCCGGGAAAUGGGUUGCUAUGGAAACCUAGUCUCACCCUUCCUCUGGGGCCUGAUAAGAGGCUCUGCCUUUGUCCCUCAAUCUUGGGUCCCUAAAGCUGUUCCCACAGAGGUGUUGACUCCAGAGGCUAGACCUGUGGGUUCCUAGUGCCAUAGGACUUCUUCCCCUCCCUCCCCAGUUAGGUGAGAAUUUGAGGGGCUUCAGACCCCUAGGAGACCACUGAUAAAGACACAGGAGGGGAAUUACCUCAUCCAACGUCUAGAAGCCUUGAUCCCUCUCUUGACCAAGAUUGCAAGGGACAUGGACAUUCAGGGCCAAGCCGCCAUGAAUUGGCCUUCCCAGAAGUCCUUGGGGCUGGUAGAACCACUUCCCCUACCAGUCCAGUGAAUGAUGUCAUUUCCUGCCAGGAUGGACUAGCCUUUCCCUGUGGGAGCACUUUGAGGGCUGAUAGAUCAAUGUGCAGGUGUCUGAAUCCCUGCCCUUACAUGACACCAUCCUUUAUACACUUCUAACAAGGAGGAACAUGUUAUCCAUCUUGGCAGGAAAGAUUCUGUCAAAUGUACUUGUUUUCCGACAUACUCUUAACUUUCCAAAUGUCCUUAUAUUGUCCAAGGGGGCUCCCUUCUCCCAUGGCCACACCCCUUAACUAGUGCCAGCGUGCUCCCACAUCAGUGCUGUUAGGGAAUGAAACUGACCGGUUUCUUACUCUGCCCCAACCCUGCCCGGCUCUGGGUUGCCCCCGUUCUCGGAUUCUGGCUCCAGAUCCGGCUGCUUUUGUGCCUCUACACCUUCUCAUUUUUCCACUUUGGGCCUCAGGCCUUUCAUAUGCAGAUAGACACUCCCAGGCUUCUCUCUCCACUCUUCAGGGCCAGAAGGAUGACGAAGCUUGAGAUCUCAGAGCUUUGGGGGUGUGCAAAAAAGGGAGAGAGAGCACAUGGGUUAAGUUGUUUACCUUGUGUGCACCCCCAGUACCCUAAUGGUUCCCUGAGCACUGCCAGGAGUGGUCCCUGUAUAUAGAGGCAGGUGUGCUCCCCACCCCCCCGAAAAAAAACAACAACAAAGAACAAAAAUCCAGAUCAACAAAAAGUCCAAGGGACAAUAUCUUUCUCGAUCCUGUGAUUUCUCUUCCCUCCCACCCCGGACCUUCCAUCAUGUGGUCACAAGGACUCUGCUGGUGGCGGGACACAAGCAAUCCCCUUGUUUGGGUUACAGUGGGGGGCGGGGUGUGGCAGGAAGAGACAGAGGCUCUUUGGUCCUGGGGCCCACUUUCCCCGGGGAGGGGAGCCAAAGGAAGCCAUCUCUCCUGCCUGUCGUAGAGCAAGCCCCCGCACUCCGGGGACGAAAGAGAUUUGGCUCUGAGUCCCAGGGUUCUAGUGAAUCAUACCGGAGUAGGAAUUAUCAGAAGGUGCCAACCUGGGGUUUAACAAAGGGACAGUCCAGAGAGAGGGUGGGAGGGGACUUGGUUGUGUCUGAUGUCAGAGAAUGAAUUCUUGGAGGUUAACUGUAUGAACCCCAGUUCACUUCGCAGGUGUUGUUCCCUGUUUUUCCUGGUACCUGAAACUAGAUUACUGGAAGAUGAAAUAGAUAGAAAAGAAUUUCAGGUGAUCCUUGUAUAUUUCCUUGGCCCUCCUAAGUUGAAGAAGGCUUCCCCAAAUCCUAGAAUAACUCCUGUAAUUUCUCUGUCUUUGUUCGGAUCUGGGAAGGGAAGGAAUCUUAGUCUUCUGCAGCCUCCAGCCCUACCCUUUUGGAGCAACAGAAUUCAGUCUGUGGCUUUUCCUUAAAACUCUUCGGGGUCAGAGCUAUAGUACAGUAGUAGUAGGCUUACCUUGCCUACGUGGCUGACCUGGGUUUGAUCCCCAGCACCACAUAUGGUUUCCCCGAGCCUACCAGGGGUGAUCCCUGAGCACAGAGCCAGGAGUGAGCCCUGGGCACCUCUGUGUGUGGCCCAAAACCCUAAAAUGAAUAAAGCUCCUCUCUUCCUCCCAUUCCCUCAAGGGAUUGAAAUCCCUAUCAAGUGCUCGGCCUCGUCAACUCUAUGCCCCCAGCAGCCCUUCCCUUACCCACAUUCUCGAUCUUGGUAUUCCUGUCCUCCCUUGGGCCUAGGAAUUCAAAAACCAUUUUCUAGUUCCUCCUGAAUUGCCAUUUUGUCAGGCGCCCUUGGAAACCUCAGUUCCUUUUUGAAAGCGCUGGGCUGCAAAUUUUAUGUGGUAGAGGUUGCCUGCCCUCUUGCGGUCAUUAUGUGCCAUUGCCAGGCCUGGCUGGGUGAAACUGGCAAGAGAAGGGCCUGAUGGAAGCCCAGUCCCCUCCCUGUAUAGAGAGGCUAAAGAAAAGGGCCUAGAGAGGACCCACCCAUAAGACCACGGCAGUGUCUAGGUUAGAGAAGACAUUUGUGUCUGCCUGCCUAGCUGCCCACAGUUCCGUUACCUGUGAGAUUCUGCCUAAGGCCGAAGGGGCUGAAAGCAGUUUCUCUGUCUCUGUGUGAAUGUUUGUGUUUGUUUAUUUUUUUGUGUAAUGGCUCCAAGUCUGGAGAAUGGGAAGUGCCUCUUGCAUCAUUUCUAUCAGAGAGCUAAAGCCAGACUGGGAAGAAAUUUCACUUUUUUCCCCCAAGCCCAGUGGACAUGGUAGAGGGUUCUAACCAGCUCUGUCUUCCUGUGUAGAACCAUCCUGUGCUUCUCAAGGCAGAUUAUUCCCAGCAAAUUAGUCUGGAUUCUCUCUGGAUAGGGUAAAUUAGUAGUCUCAAUUAUUUCUUAUUCCUUAAUAGCUUUUUUUUUUCUGAGGGGUGUUGGAGGAGUUUGGGCCACACCUUUGUCGUACUCCUGGCUCUGUGCUCAUGGGACAUUCCUGGUGGUGUUCAGGGAAUCAAACUGAGUUUGAGGCUAAAUGCAGCCUUCAGCCUGUACUUUCUCUCUAAUCUUAUUUCUUGAUACUUAAACCAAACUUUAUAGAGCACAGUGAACUCUCCCCAUCCAUUGAUUCUGAGCCCCCUUUCACAUUUUUUCUUAUUUUCUUUUCGGUUUUGGGGUUUCACCCAGCUCACGGGGAUGUGGGGUGUUGUUGACAAUCUGGGGAGUGCCAGCGAUCAAGCCUCGGGCUCCUGCAUGCAAAGCACGGGCCCCAGCCCUUCGAGCUCUCUCCCUGGCAUUUCUUUAUUUUUUUAAAAUCUUAUUUAAUUAAUUUAUUUUGGGGGCCUUGCUGGGAAUUGAACCCAGAUCUUAUGCAUGCAAGGCAUGUGCUUUAUCACUGAGCCACGUCUCUAGCCCCUAAAAUUUUCUUUGGAUUCCUGAUCCCUGUUACUUUCCCUCUUCCCGAUGUAGAUGCACACUGUAAUAUGUUCAGUAUGUGUUGGAUAAAUGUGUAUCUUUAAAUAUACAUAUAAUUAUGUGCCUAUGUGUUUUAGCAUCUGUAAAUGGUAUACUUUGGCAGUAUGCUAUGUGCAUCGUAUCUCUGUGGUUUAACUUGUUCAUUACUGAGGUCCCACCUCCCUGGGAGUCCAUUCUCCUCGCUGCCCAUCUUAGUCUUUGGCUCCAUUCAUCUUUAUGGUUAAAAAUCUGAUCUUGCAUCUUAAAAUUCUCCAUCAACUUCCCACAAAAUUGUUCCCCACCCUCUAAUGGAAAGUUUUAUAAAUUGCUUCUUUUACUAGGAAUUACCUAUGGAUAAUUUUCUAAUGCUGUUAUUUCUCAUUGUAUUAGUCCUAUUUCUGUGCAGAAAAACUUUCUCACCUCCUCUGAACCAUUUGGUCACUUGAAAUAAAGCUCAGAAUGGCGAGAUAAGAUGUUUUAACUGGUCUUUCAAAGCAGGAAGUUGAUGCUGUAGCAAUGUGGUAUACAAAGUUCUUGUUUCAUGUCACUCUUUGGGGUUUUGUGCUUGUUUGUUUUUGUUUGUUAUUCUCAGUUGGUGUUUCUGGCCCCAUGCUCAGGAGUGACCCCUCGCAGUGCACAGAGAUGCUAGGGACUUCAAACCAAGGCCUAUUGCAUUCUUAACCAUCCCUCUCUCAGGCCCAUCACUCUCUCACUUUUAGAUUAUUAUUGUGAGGGGCCCAAGCAAUAGUGCAGUGGGUAAGGCACUUGUCUUGCAUGCAACCAAGCCAGGCUCAAUCCCCAGCAUCCCAUGUGGUCCUCAAGCCUGCCAGGAGUGAUCUCUCAGUGCAGAGCCAGGAGUAAGCCCUGAGCACAGCUAGAUGUGAGCAUCCCAAAGUAAAAUGAAAUGAUUGCUCUAGGUAGUGUUUUCAUAUUUAAUGUUUUAAGUAAUUCAUAGUUAUUUUUGUUCCAUACAAUAUUUUAAUUCUAUACAAAAGUCAAGAAAAUAACAAUGAAUUUUCUUGCACCCAUCAUUCCUUUUCAGUAAUUAUCAGCUCAUGUCCAAAUCCAGUCUUCAUUUUGUUUUUUCCGUUUUGUUUUUUGGGCCACACCUGGCAGUGCUCAGGGCUUACUCCUGACUCUGCAUUCAGGGAUCAGUCCCUGUGGGCUCAGGGAAACAUAUGGGGUGCUGGGGUUGGCUGCAUGCUAGGCAAGUGCCCUGCUCACUGUCCUAUCUCUCCAUCCCCCAUCUAAAUAUUUUAAUAUUUAAUUUUAUUACUAUUAUUGCAUAUAAAUUAAAAUAGCUUUAAUAGGUUCAGUUUUCGCCAGUUUUCUGAUAAACAUUUGUUUCAUUUUGUUGUUUUGGGGCUACACCCAGUUGGUGGUCUGGCGCUAUUCUCAACAUCAUGCUUGGGGCUGCUCCCAGCACUACUUGGGGGGACCAUGUGGUGCCAGAGAUUGAGCUUGGGCCACUAGCAUGAAAAAAGCAUGUGGUACAUACAUGUGGGUGAAUUAUAUCUCUGGUCCCUGUUACCACCUUUGUUCGGUUUUGGGGUGACACCUGGUUGUGUGGUGCACAUGCUUUGACUGUGGGACCCAAGUUCAAUCCUUGGCACCAACUGCAUGUUUCAAUGAGCACUGCUGAAUUUUUUGGUUUUUGGGUCACAUCACUUGGUCCUCAGAGCUUGUUCUUGGCUCUGAGCUCAGGAAUCACUCUAGGAGGGGCUUGUGGCACCAUAUGGGAUGCAUGCAAGGCGAGUGCCCUACUCAUUGUACUAUUGUAUGGCCCCUGUGCCCCAGCACUGCUGGGAGCAACACAGAGAGAGAGAGAGAGAGAGAGAGAGAGAGAGAGAGAGAGAGAGAGAGAAAUUGUAAUAGUUAAUCUUGUAAUAGUUAAUAGUCUUUGGGCACUGUCAGGUGAGGCCCAAACCCCAGAGAAAAUGAAAUAAAUGAAAAAAAAAUGAGACUAGCUGGGGAAGCUGGGGGUGUAGCUUGGCUAGAGUUUUCUGGAAGGACUGGGCAGGCAUUUCAAUGUAACGACUCAAGGACACUUCACUGCUCAGGCCCCGAAGUGCCAGGGACCACCAGGACAACCCUUGGCAGUGUUAAGAGGCUUCCAGGGCAGCACCUAGAAAUGCCCAGAGGGCCAACUGGUGCCAGAGAUGAAACCAGGUUCACAUCCUUUCAGUUUUGGCUCGGGGCCACAUCCAGCAAUGUUUGGGGGCUACUCCUGGCUGUGCCAGGGACUGACCUGGGCCUCUCACGCAUAGCAUGCAGUCAACCUGUUAAUCCUUUGGUCCCUUCACCUCUUUCCCAUGGACAUACACACACAUUAUUGCCGUGUGGCUAUUAAUGACUCGAUGCCAGGCACCACAGAAAUCUGCA